GGAAAAGACAAAACCGAUCCGGAAAAACAGCUAACUGUUGACUUCUGGCUUCUUGUCCGAAUCACACAGAAACACAAAACCGUUAUUCGUUUUAGACUUCACGCAACCUCCGACCAUCAAAAAUGGCGGACAGUGUUUCUCUAGACCAGUUCUUGGCUGCCGCCAUUGAUGCAGCUCAAAAAGCUGGAGAAGUUAUUCGUAAAGGCUUUUACGAGACCAAACAUGUUGAACACAAAGGCCAGGUGGAUCUGGUGACGGAGACUGAUAAAAGAUGUGAAGAACUGGUGUUUAAUCAUCUCAAGCAGCUUUUUCCCAAUCACAAGUUCAUAGGAGAAGAAACAACAGCUGCAAAUGGUGUGACUGAAUUAACAGAUGAACCAACUUGGAUUGUUGAUCCUGUUGAUGGAACUACAAACUUCGUUCACGGGUUCCCUUUUGUGUGUGUUUCCAUUGGCCUUACCAUUGGGAAAGUCCCUGUGGUUGGCGUCGUCUUCAAUCCUAUUAUGGAUGAGCUAUUCACUGGUGCCCAAGGAAAAGGAGCCUUCUUGAAUGGAAAACCAAUUCAAGUGUCAACUCAGAGUGAACUUGUAACCGCUUUGCUCCUAGCAGAGGCUGGCGUUAAACGAGAUAAAGCUACAUUGGACGAUGCAACCAACAGGAUCAACAGUUUGUUAACCAAGGUUAGGAACAUCAGGAUCGGUGGCUCGUGCGCACUGGACCUCUGCAGUGUCGCAUGUGGAAGGGCUGAUAUCUUCUAUGAACUCGGUUUCGGCGGUCCAUGGGAUGUUGCAGCAGGAGUUGUGAUCAUCAGAGAAGCUGGUGGACUUGUUUUUGAUCCAUCCGGUAAAGAUUUGGACAUCACAUCACUGAGAAUCGCGGUUUCAAACGCUUCUCUCAAGGAGUUGUUCGUGGAGGCGUUGAGACUUACAAAUGUGUGAAGUCAUCUAUAUCUUUAUGAUCACUCGAAAACUCUAAUAAUCAACUUGUAAUAAGUAGGCGAAUAUACAUAAUAAUUCGCCCUCGUGUUUUCGAAUGUUUCCAUGUUCUACAUA